GAUCAUCAAAUUAAAUAAACGAAAAGCCCAGCCACUCCUCUCCCACCGAGACGCUCCCGCGAUUCCCUACCCGCACCAGAAGCAGCAGCAGCAGCAGCAGCAGCAGCAGCAGCAGCAGCAGCAGCAGCCGCAGCACCUCCGCCGCUACCCUUCGAGGCAGCGGCGGAGAGGUGCAGCAACUACAGCAGCUGCAGCCGCUGCCGCCCAAGCUGCAGCAGCAGCAGCAGUAGCAGCAAUAACUGCAGCUGCCGCCGCAGCAGCUGCAGCAGCAACAGCUGCAGCUGCCGCCGCAGCAGCUGCAGAAGCAAUAGCUGCAGCUGCCGCCGCAGCAGCUGCAGCAGCAGCAGCUGCAGCAGCAGCAGCUGCUGCUACAGCAACUUCCGCAGCUGCGAGGCUACUGCAGCAACAGGAGCCUCCGCAGCUGCGAAGCCACUGCAGCUGCAGCCCCUCAGCCGCAGCAGCUGCAGCAGCUGCAGCAGCAAUAGCUGCAGCAGCAGCAGCAAUAGCUGCAGCAGUUGCUACUGCUGCGGCCGCAGUCGCAGCUGCUGCAGCAGCCGCUGCAGUCGCGGCCGCGGGUGCUGCACUUGCUGCAGCAGCUGCUGCAGCCACAGCAGCCGCAGGUGCAGCAGCUGCUGCGGCCACAGUAGCCACAGAUGCUGAAGCAGCAACUGCUGCAGCUGCAGGAUCCGCUGCUGCUGCAUCUGCAGCAGCAGCUGCAGCCACAGCAGCCGCAGGUGCUGCAGCAGCUGCUGCAGCCACAGCAGCCGCAGGUGCAGUACUACGUGCUGCAGUAGCAACUGCUGCAGCUACAGGCUCAGCUGCAGCAGCUGCUGCCGCAGGUGCUGCAGCAGCUGCAGCUGCCGCAACUGCUGCAGCGGCAGCUGCUGCCGCAGGUGCUGUAGCAGCUGCAGCUGCCGCAACUGCUGCAGCAGCAGCAGCUGCCGCAACUGCUGCAGCAGCAGCAGCUGCCGCAACUGCUGCAGCAGCAGCUGCUGCCGCAGGUGCUGUAGCAGCUGCAGCAGGUGCUGCAGGUGCUGCAGCAGCAGCUGCAGCAGCUGCAGGUUCCGCCGCUGCUGCUGCGCGUCGGUGGGAGCACUAG